GGCGAUUAAACUAAGAAACUGCCCAGAUCAACGAGGUACCAUUUCAUGUCGGGAACGGCUGGCAAGUUGAUAGCUUGCACCUGGUUGCUAAGAUUCCAGAUAAGAUGGCUGGGUGUUUUUUAACUUUCAAGAUCCCCCUACAGAGCCAGGGUCGGAUUUUCUGAUAUCUUGAAAAGGAGACAUUGUCCGAUCCUUUUUUGAGUCGAGUCCUCCGCUGUGGGGGCAUCUUUCACGAGAUUAUACGUCCCACAGACGAGCAGAUCGCUUGCACUCGGAUGCGGGCAGAAUUCCACGGAAUCGGCGGGGUAGAUCGUGUCGAAUUCCACAGAGUCGGCCAUGUUGAGUCGCGCGCAAGCGUAGAUUGAUUAUGAUGCAGUCGCGUGAUGACAUCAUCAAAUUCUCUCUCUCAUUGACACCCACCUAACUGCGGCUUCAGCUGCGCAUCGUCUCGUCUCGUUACCUGCACCCAAGAACCACUCGUUAGGAAUACAAGAUGGACUUUGUUCAAGGCCUUGACCCGUCCAAGCUCUCGCUGGCUCUAACAGCUCUGUCUUUCUUUCUAUCCCCCUUUGCUUCUCCGCCGUACAACCUUCCUGUCAUGCUCUUUGGGACUUUGGUCCAGCAGCAAGAAGCCGGCGUAGGUCAGGCGCUCCAUAUCUUCACAGCUCUUCUGGGCGCGUCCAUUCCCUUUGACAUCAUUUGGAUGAUUGGGAACUCGCAAAAUGGCUUUAUUCGGUUCCUGUCGCUCCUGCUCGUCCUCCUCAAAUUGCCGGCCUUCAUCUCUUUCGGACUGGCAUUGCGCCAGCGCGGUGGCGGUCUUGGAUUUGGCUCCCUCAAUAUUCGGGGAAAUGAUCUCGGUGGUGCCACUGUAUGGGAUAGUAUGCCUGGAGGCUUCGGCUCCGUCGGAAAUAACGGAUACCAGAACUUCGACGACGAGCGACCCGCUCAGUAUUCGAGACCGACUGCACCCGCUCCGGCAGCCGCCCAAACGACUCCUCCUCCCCAGGCAGCCCAACCGGCAGCCCAACCGUACCAAACUGUGUAACAGUAGAUGUUCUCAUAGCGUUAUAUGUCAGCUUCGAGUAACCUGGCCAGAUUCUCUAGGAAAUCCAACUUGUGAACCGCUUUCGUUCGUCUGUACAUCCAGGAGCAAUCCAGUGACUCGCACUCGA